CGCACGAGCCUUCCUCUCUUCUCCACCAACGUUCACCAUGGUGUCGGCAGACAAGGAAAACAAGGUCGCCGUCGUCGAUAAAAAAGAUGAAGCAACACUCAAUCCGAAGUCGACCAAAUUCGAGUUUGGUGGACCAAUCGGCGCACUCGGGGUCUCUGUGACGACCCCACUGAUGCUCUACCUCCUGCAUCUGGGUUGUUCAGACCUUACCGGUGGUUGCCCACCACCAUUACUCUCUAUAUCCUCUACAUUGAAGAGUGAGCGGUGGUGGGAUGCUCUGUGGGACUGGAACGCGUUCUUUGUGUACUGCGGGUGGUACGCGUACUGCUGUCUGUGCUGGAGGUUAAUUCCUGGUGACUGGGUGAAGGGUACAGUCAUGCGGAACGGUCAGACGAAGGAAUACAAGAUGAAUGCGUUUGCGACUGCUCUACUUACUCUCGGUUUGGUCGCCGGCACCAUCUAUCGCUACGGCCCUCUCAGCUUCAUAUUUAUCUACGACCACUAUCUUGCUUUAAUAUCUGCCUCGAUCGUCAUGUCCUUGGUUCAAGCAUUUACAGUGUACUACCUCUCUUUCCGCAACGGUGCUCUCCUGGCACUGGGUGGCAACAGCGGGAACUACCUUUACGACUGGUUCAUUGGCCGCGAGCUUAACCCCUCAUGUGCCUGGCUCGACAGGAUGAAGUUCGACUUGAAGACCUUCAACGAGCUCCGGCCAGGCCUUAUCCUCUGGAUGCUUAACGACAUCUCGUGCAUGUGCGAGCAGAUGGUCCGCCGCGGCCGCCACGCUUGGCCCACCGACAGCAUGAUCCUCAUCAACGUCUUCCAGGGGCUCUACGUCUUGGAUGCCCUCUGGAACGAGAGUACCAUCCUCACGCAGAUGGAUAUUACCACCGAUGGUUUUGGUUUCAUGCUUGCCGUCGGUGACCUCGCUUGGGUGCCGUUCUCUUACGCGCUCCAGGCGAGGUACCUUGCAUUCUCCCAGCACGAGCUUGGUUGGCCCCUGACCAUAUUCGUCUUUGCCCUUAACUCUAUCGGGUACUAUAUCUUCCGUACGGCGAACACCGACAAGGAUACCUUCCGCGGCGGCAAGAACCCUAAGAACCUGAAAAGCUUGAAGACCAAGCGCGGUACCGAGCUAAUAAUCUCUGGUUUUUGGGGCAUGUCUAGGCACCCGAACUAUUGGGGAGACUUGAUGAUGGCGCUUGCAUGGUGCAUGACGACCGGCUUCCACACUCCCAUCACCUAUUUCUACAUCGUUUUCUUCGUCAUCCUUUUAACCCACCGUGCUAUGCGGGAUGAUGAGCAGUGCAGGAAGAAGUACGGUGACGAUUGGAACAAGUACAAGGCCAUAGUCAGGUGGCGAAUCAUCCCCUACAUCUAUUAAACAGACAGAUGGUCUAGCUAUGUGACGACACGCUCCCUAACAGAAUCAUUAAUGAUACCCUACGCUUACAGAUGUUUGGAGAUAAGUGUGGAUCGUGCUGUAAUGACAAUGAACAUGAG